AAGUAAAGAUUGGUUCCUUAAUGUCAAAAGUUCAGAGCAAAAACGCAGAACAUGCAAUUCGAAAGCAGCUCCUGAGGUCUAAAGGACACACCUAAACUUCAAAUUUCAGAAGUACCUUCAUAGGAGGCCUGAUACACCAGCUUGAUUUACAAAUUCAUUGAUCAAAUAGCCUUGUAGGCAGCUCUCAGAGUACUUUCAAGGAACAGAGAGGCGCGAAAAAUGAAGAACAGAGUACUCUGCAUCUGCCUCACUCUGCUUCUCUUCUUCUGCUGCUGUGAUUCGCAGGCUAAAAUCGAACCAACCACUUCAGGAUACACAUGCAAUACAAACCAAACUGUUAGUCCAUGCCAAACAUAUGUAUAUUAUCAAGCUAUUUCUCCUGAUUUUCUUGAUUUAGCUUCAAUUGCUGAUCUUUUCUCCGUAAGCCGGCUAAUGAUAUCAAAUCCAAGUAAUAUAUCUUCCCCUUCUUCCCCUUUAAUCCCAUUCCAGUCACUCUUUAUUCCAAUUCAGUGUUCUUGUAACACGAUUAACACUAGCAUGUCCAUUUCUUAUGCUGGCCUUAGUUAUACCAUCAAGAAAGGUGACACUUAUUACUUAGUUUCAACUAAGAAAUUUCAAAAUCUCACUGAUUACCAAUCUGUUGAAGUUGUUAAUCCAAGUCUCAUCCCAACCAAUCUUUCUAUUGGUGAAAAUGUGAUCUUUCCAAUCUUCUGCAAGUGUCCGAGAAAAGGCCAAUUAGGCAACCAAACAAAAUAUCUGAUCAGCUAUGUUUUUCAGCCUUCUGAUAACUUUACAUCAAUAGCUACAAAGUUUGGAUCAGACACACAGUCCAUAAUUGAAUUGAAUGGCAAUAAAAUCAAGGUUUUCGACACUGUUUUUGUUCCGGUCUCGCGGCUUCCAAUCCUCACACAGCCUGUUGUUGCACCUGUCUCGCCAAGGAAUAAUGAAAGAAAAGGAAAGGUUAGAGGAUUGUCAAUAGGGCUAGCAGUUUGUGGCAUUUUGCUAAUUUUAGUCUGUGGCUUGUGGGGUUAUAGAGAGAUUUUGAUCAGAAAAAACAGAGGAAACUACAAUGAUGCAGAGAAGUCAAAAAUUGGCCAGAAGAAAAAAGCAGUAAAGGUAAAUAUUAUGGCUGAUGUUUCAGAUUGUCUAGAUAAAUACAGAGUAUUUGGGAUUGAUGAAUUGGUAGAAGCAACUGAUGGAUUUGAUGACAAAUGGGUUAUUCAAGGAUCUGUGUAUAAAGGGUGCAUCAAUGGUGAGUUGUAUGCAAUCAAGAAGAUGAAAUGGAAUGCUUGUGAAGAACUCAAGAUUUUACAGAAGGUUAAUCAUGGGAAUUUAGUGAAGCUAGAGGGUUUUUGCAUAGACCCUGAAGAUGCAAAUUGUUAUUUGAUCUAUGAAUAUAUUGAAAAUGGUUCUCUUCGUUCUUGGUUACACAGCAGCCGCAGCAAAGAACUGAGUUGGAAAAUGAGGUUGAGAAUCGCGAUAGAUGUGGCGAAUGGACUGCAAUACAUUCAUGAGCAUACGCGACCACGGGUUGUGCAUAAGGACAUCAAAAGUGGUAACAUUCUGCUAGAUGGAAACAUGAGAGGCAAAAUCGCGAAUUUUGGACUGGCAAAAUCCGGGUGCAAUGCCAUAACAAUGCACAUUGUGGGCACUCAGGGCUACAUUGCACCUGAGUAUCUGACAGAUGGUGUGGUUUCGACAAAAAUGGAUGUUUUUUCCUUUGGCGUCGUGUUACUGGAGCUUGUCUCGGGCAGGGAGGCUGUGAAUGAAGAAGGGAAGGUUCUGUGGUCGACGAUAGAUGGUAUAUUGGAAAGGAGAGGAGGAAAAACAGAGAGAUUAAGAGAGUGGAUGGAUGAGAGUCUUCGUAUUGAGGAAUCAUACACGAUGGAUAGCGUGGUGAAUGUUGUGUCUGUGGCGAUUGCUUGUUUGCAUAGGGAUCCCACGCGGAGGCCUAGCAUGGUGGACAUUGUUUAUGCUUUGUGCAAGAGUGAUGAUCUGUUUUCGGAUCUUUCACAAGAUGGAUUAUCGCCAAGGCUAAUUGUUGCUAGAUGAGUACUGAAAUGAGUUCUGGUGUCGGUAUCGAGAUCCUUGUCAAUAAGGGUUAUGUAGGUUGUUAGUAUGUAAAUUGUAAUGGAAACCGAAAUGCUGUCAAGUGCAUAAAAGAAUCCUGUAGGUUUUGAUCUUGGUCCUUAAAUUUCUUUAAGAUUCAUGCAUGUUGGAUUGUUUUAUUGUUCAGUUGUACAGAUUAGGGGUGUAUUGGACUGAGAUUUUAAAGCAUUUUUUUGCAUUCAUGAAA